AAAGAUACUAUACAGCCCACCACUAAUCCGAAAGACACGCAGGACGACUACUAUAGUGCCUCAAUAUUCAACUGGCCGUCUACAACACCUAGUUUAAAGGCCGGGCUUCGCUUCCCGAUCCCGCAGAUUCAGGGAAUCAUACCUGGCAUGCGUCGCACGCUGCAGGCCGAUUCCGCUCCACGAUCACUCCCACAUUCACCCAGAUCUUCAUAUGACGUAGCGGGACUGAAAUUGUCGAAGAGCGCAACAACAAUACCGACAACGCCGAUCGCAGAUAAACAGCCAUCACCGCACCGCUCAUCAUACCCCCGCGUCUCCCCUCCUGGUAUCCUCUAUCCAGACGCUAUUGUGCCACAUGGCGCGACACAGUACUCGAACCCGCUACAAGAUCCAAACGCUAUCACACACAACGAACUUCCCUAUCAUCCGAGCAUCAUGGGCCGCGUAGACUAUGAACUAGCGUAUUUACCUCCGGGUUACAAAAUACUCUUUGUCGGUACAGUAGCCAUACUCGCACUGGGUGUUAUGUGGACGGUGAUGACUUGCGCCAUCAGUAUGAGAAGGGGUUCGAAAGCAGGGAGUGCAGAAAGGAAGGGAAAGAAGGAUGUCGGAAACAAUGGAGAGGAGAGGAGGCCGAUUGACAAGGUGAGCAAGUACGCAUAUCGGCAUGGAAGUCAAAGCGGAAUACCUCUGGAUGAGGGUCUGGAUUCAGCGAUGAACAGUGACAGCGCUGUCACAUCAGCGGCCCAGAUUCCGUUUUCAUACAUCGGCGACAACGGGAAUGUGGUUGAGAGUAUCGAGAUGAAGUAUAGACCGCAACACACCACCAGUCACAACCGCCCAAGGAGUCGACCAAUACGGUCAGAAGGCCACGAUCGCACGUACACAACACACCGCCGUUUCUCGUCUUCACCUUCAGCGGGCCCACGGUUCGGCCUUACACUAGCACCGACACUCUCGGUUCCUCCUUCACCAACGCCAUCUACACCCAGCAACAAAUCGCCGAUAAACUUCUUCCUUGACCUUCAUCCCAAGGGCCUUCUCAGCCCUGACGCGAGCGCAACACUAGUAAAGCGAAGUUCCCUAGAAUGGCAAGCCGGACGAGCCGCCUUCUUCGCUCCUACCACCACGACUUCGAAUCCAGCGUCUGGCUCGGCAUCCCCUACGUUGAGUUAUACCGCGGGCAACAGCAAUGAGACGUUUGAACUUGAUCUCUCCGAUAUGGAGGCUUUGGAAGCUGGUACAGCACCUCUCACAGGACGACUUCACUCUGGUUCUUCGUCUCCUAGCAACAGAGGCAGCAGGUUGAUCCGGAAGAGCAAGAGUUUUGUUGACGAAGGUGUCGGGAUGAUGGAAGGUGUUGUUGAUCGUGUUGCUGCCAAAAUAGCGAGGUGGACGGAUGAUGAUGGUGGAGAUGAGGCCUUGUUGUUGCCUGUUGCGCAAAGACAUUGAAUGGGUGCGCUGCAGUCUGAUUGUUACGAAAACGAAAGAUGACAAAACCCGAAGGCGAUGUAGACUUCUAGCUUCUUCUUGACUGUGCAGCUUGUAGUUAUUUGGUUAGUAGAUUAGUGUGAGCGUGCAGUGGUAAAUUAAAAUGCACCAUAUCGGUACUUGAGCAGCUGAACGGUGGGUCAUGUAAAGGACGGAUUUGAAUUAUAGCCGUGCGAGCGCUGUGCUUCGGAGCAAAUGGUAUCAUCC